GCAGUGUAAAAACUAAAAACAUUGAAAUCUGAUUUUUGAUUACUUUUCCCGCGAAUUUAGGCGGGAUGGUGCUUUCGUUGGGCGUUUUUAGGCUAUUUUGAAAGGUGGCGGGAAGCGGCGGGUUGAGCGUGCUCUGGUGGCGAGACGGUGCACUGGGGGUCUGGCAACCCUGCUGCUCGCGACCCGCGCCGCCGCAGCCGCGCCUAGUGCGACCCCUGCCGGCCUGCCGUCAGACACUGACACCUGUCAGUGCUUCCCCAGCUGCUGCCUUCAGCCGCCCGCGACUGCAAGUCGAAGUCUCGUAAUCCGGACUCGGAGGGUUGACUGCUCAACUUUCCGUCUGAUUACGUGACUACAAAAGUCAACAUUUCCUUUGAGAGAAAACGCCAACCUAAUACCCAAGGAAGAUGUGGUCUGCUGCCCAGGAAAUUGCUUGCUUCUCUUGGAGAGAAGCGGACGGACGACAUGGGCUCGAACCGGGUUAUUCCGGCUUCUGCUACAACAACGCAGACUCACACUCCCUCUGGGUUGAGCAGCCCCCCGCUCCCAGUGUUGGAUAUGAGCAGUUCGAUCAAAAGCGAACCCUCAACACACUUGGAUGGAGCAAUGAAUGCUCAUUGCCAUUCGGAGAACUGGGCAGAGAGCUAUCAGGAUCUGAGCUCCUGGUGCAGCGCUACCUCUGCCAGCUCGCCGGCAACUUGCCCAACGCCAGUUACAGAUGAGACAAUCGUGACUGAAAUAGAUUUCCAAGGAGAGAUUGACUUCGACCUGAGGAAGAGUGAAGAGAUUGCUUCUAUCCCUCUGGAAGAAGAUAACAGUUUUAACUUGUGGGGUGCUGGGAGUCCCUUGGGAGAAAACUCCCCUCCUGCCGCAUCAGUUUCUGCUGUCCCCAGCACUGAGGAGUCAAAUCCUGUGCUGUUGAAGGAUUGUUGGUGGUCUGAAGUAGAGACAGGGAAAGUUGUUAAGGAGCUUGAGUCAAGUAAGCCGCAAAACUUGACAGCUUCCACAUACCCGUCUAUGAAAAACCCCUUCAAUCAAGAGCCGAUUUCCGCAGUAGUGAUUAAAGAAGAAGUGAUUGACACCAAGGAAAAUAUGAAUCCAAUUGUGGCGCCUCAGCCCCAGGCCCAGCCUCAGGCCCUGCUGCAGCCUUUCCUCUCUGAUCCCAUCAAGAUGGCAGAAUUACAGAUGAGAUUUGAGAGAAUUGCAAGUAUUGCCCAGCCUGGUGGCAACAGUAAAUCCAAGGCAGCUGAUCUCAUGAAAUUACUGCAAGGUCAGAUUGUAGCUUUAAACAAGAAAAAAUACAGAAGUCCUGCUGCCAUCAGUGACUUGCACAACCAACAAACCAAGGUGCAUGCAGGGCCAACUGUUCAUGCUUCUGAGACCCUGCACAGUUUUUCUCAGCCGUCUGUAGUUGGAAAUGCAGAUGACAUUUUCCAAGUAGAUCCUUUUGAUGGUCUCUUUUCUGUUGCUGAGAGCCAAUCGCAAGCUGCUCAUCCAAUUGUGUCUCAAACAGCGUCUCCUCAAAUGUUCUUUCAAAAUGCAACAGUUGCCCCUGCAUUCAUUCAAAAUACUUUCCAUACUAGCCCUGGGAAAGUGAUACCUGCUGGGGCUGGAAACAUUGCUCCUCGCAACUCCAACUUAUUUUUUGAGGCUCACCACGAAAUUUUAAAAGAAGCACCAAAGCCUCAACAGUUAUCUAAUGUGAUACCUCAACAUCAGCCUGUUGCACAGCUUCCUGUGCAGCCUGUCGUCCAGUCCAUAGCUCAGCUUCCACUGCAGCAACAGUUUGCAGGACCACAACAAGCUUACCAUCAAGUCCAUUCGUCUGUGAAUACACCAGUGCCCAGUCACCCUCAGCGCUCAGCCAGUGGCAUAACAAUGCAGAGGCCGCCUUUGAGACUGAGCAUGCCAGAAUUGGAUGCGAUAAACUUCGAUGCUCUGCUGUUUGGAAGUCCAGGAACCCUUGCUGGAGUUAGCAAAAUGCAAUCGAUGAUGAGUACACCAGAAGUUCUCAAGCCUCUUGUUGACACACCUGAGCUUGAAAACUUUGACCUGCUUUCUUAUCUUUGCGAUGAUAAAGCGGCUACUCCACCUGUUGGGUUAGACAGCAGCAACCCUUUCCGCUUUCCACAAGCUAGCACCAGUCAGAGCACCCUGGCUUCAAAUUCAACUUCAUCUGCAGCUCCAGAAUUGAAACCAAAUGUAAUGGUGGUAAAGCCCAUGUCAACAGCUCUUGCCAAGGAGGAGGUCUCCAAAACUGAAUCAGCUGUAGUAGUUGAAGUUAAGCCACAGAUAAGGCCAGUUGUUCUGUCUGACGUGGAGGAAGAAGAGGUGGUUGAAGCGGAAAGAGAGCCAACAACUCCAGCAAGGUCAGUCAAAGAAGAGCAGGUUUCAUCACGUCCAUCCCGCAGCUCAAGAAAGAGGAAAUACUCUGAAGACGAGUUUGAUCUUUCUCCAUCUCCUAGCGAAGAAACUAGACCAUCAAGGCGUAGGAGAACAACCUCAUCUAAAUACGACUCAGAUGAGGACUUCACUGUUCCAUCAAGAAAGUCCCCUAAGAAGUCACUAACAUCUAUCAGUGAGGAAGAGGAAGAUACUAAAGUAAAGAGGCCGAGAUCUAGUGUUAAGCGAGGUGAAAGAUCUGUAUCUACUUCCUCUGAAUCAGACCGCUACAGAGAGCUCCGUGAUCGGAAUAAUGAGGCAUCGAGGAAGUCUCGCCUCACAAGAAAGGCGAGGGAAACGGAGCUCGGAAAACAAGCUGAAGUUCUGACUAGAGAGAAUAGAGUUCUGAAAGUCAAAGUGGAUGAAAUGGAAAAUCUUGUGAAGAAACUGCGUGAGGCCCUGCUACAGAGUAUGAUGAAUAAGAAGACUUAAAUUUUAUAUUACAUCAUUGGCUUGAUUUUAAGUGAUUUUGUUAAACAUCUUCAAAUGAACAUUGAGUGACUAAAAUUAUUUUAAUUGUCUGGUGUUAAGGAACUUUGUCUUAAAUGUACAGAAGUGCUUAUACCGACUGGAGCACUUUAAUUUUUUGUAAAGAACUUGUUAUACUAUUACAUACAACUUAAUAGUUUUGUUUAUAGAUUGGUUUAUGAAUAUCUGGGCAAUUAUUUGUAGAGUAGCAUUUAGAUGGUAUGCAUCAAAUUUUAUCUCUCGUUUUUAUGUAUGCAAUAAAUUUUAAAAUCUUGUAUUGAAAGAUUUUGUUUAAAAAAGAAAAUGACAAAAAAAUCUUGUGUUGUAAUACCUUUACUUUUGAAGCAGUGGUUAAAAUCCUGAGUUGUGGCAUUUCAAGUUGGCUUGGGAGUACCAGUAGUAAUAUGUUUUGAGUUGUCUUAAUGUUUAAGAUUUUCUUUUCCCUACUACUGUAUUUGCAUGUUUAGUGGUAGUACUUGUGGUUCAUGAUUGAUUUUUCAUAUUGUUCCUUUGGAUACUCCUUCAAAAUUCUUGUUAUUCCAUUAUCUGCUGUACAUCAACCAUUUUGAGUGGCAAGCUUGGAUUAAAGAGUUGCAGGUAAAUGAAAGGUGAAAUGUCUUGUUAGCCCUGGAACAUUAAAUAUUCUCAAUAAAGUUUGGUUCCAAAUAUU